AUGACGCUGGAGGACGUCUAUCAAAUUCUACGGAUUUUGAUCACAAGUGAGCUAGUUGAGUAUGAUGUGGAGGAGGUCGACGAGACCGAUGCUCUGCAGGAGAUGUUUGUUAAUCCCCAUAUUGUAGGCUACUCAGUGGCAUGGCAAGACAUGGUAGACAACUAUGCCCCACUCCCUUUAGUUUUGGCAGGGCCAGGAGAGACGAUUCCUACACUAGAGGAGGUCAAUGAUAAUGAUGAUCAGGGAAGAGGGGGAGUUCGCCGAGAUGGGAGGAAAAGCGGUAGAGGGAGGAGGGGUGGUAGGAUUGUUGUAGGUGGUGUGAUUGGACAUGGUUGGGGAGGAGGUGGUGUUGGGGAAGGAGGAGGAGAUGAGGGAGGAGGAGGAGUGGUGAGGGGUAGAGGAGGUGUAGUGAGGGGUAGAGGAGGAAGAUGGAGGAUGGAUCGGAUUGGGCAGGGAGGGCCAGUGUAG